AAUCGAAUGAAAAACAGCCGGGCGUAACGGUGUUCCCAGGUCUGGUUUCAAAAUAAGAGGAGCAAGGAGCGUAGGUUAAAACAACUGACGUCGAUGGGCAGGAGCCCGUUCUUCGGCGGCUCUAGAAAAAUGAGGGGCUUCCCCUUGAACCUGAAUCCCGGUGCUUUGGGCGGCGAGGACGGACCGCCGCCCGGUUUUCCAUAUUUCGGCGCGGAGAAGUUCGAAUUCGGUUACGGCGGGCCCGUGGCAUUUCACCAUGAAUUCUUUGGUGCUCAUCCGCCCCCUCAUCCGCAUGGACCGCCCUUCAGCGGACCGGGCAAUCCUGGUUUGGACCCGGCGAGUUUAGCGGGUAUGGCGGCCGCAGUGGCGGUGACAGGGGAAUAUCCACCUCCGGGUGCGGGAGGCGGCCCUCCGGAAUUUCUCACGGGCCCUCCUGGACAGGGGCCCCCUGCACCUUCCGGCGGUAGUCCUGGAGAGUUCCUAGCACCUUCAGGUGGAGCACAGGGUAAUCCCAGUGCCGGUGGGAAUGGUGGCGGUCCAGGUGGCGGCGGCGGCGGGGGUGGGUUCCUGGAGCCGCACCAGAUGCAGAGCGAAGGGCUGGCCUGGUAGUACGAGUUUUAAUUAACGUUUAUUUUUUUCGUGUUUAUGUUGCUUUCCAUCGACCGAGCGAAAUAUCGAUCGAAUUUCGAAGAAAAAUCGCGCGUGAGCCGAUGGAGAGAUCGUACGACUUUGUUCCGGCUUCGAAGACUUUUGCCCGCGAGAUGAAGUUGUGGCGAGAGUCGGGAGCCAGGUCGAUUUUGCGUCUUGUACGUUUCUGUAAGAUACGCGUACGAUAAGAAGAUCGAUCGUUUAGCUUCGUUUCUUUCACGGUUAUCAUUGUCAUUAUUAACAUUAUUAUCUUUAUUAUUAUUAUUAUUAAUAUUAUUUUAUUAUUAUUAUUAUUAUUAUUAUUAUUAUUAUUAUGAUCGUUGGCCAACGCCAACGUUACUAUUUUAUUAUUAUUAUUUUUAUUAUUAUUAUUAUUAUUAUUAUUAUUAUUAUUAUUAUUAUUAUUAUUAUGAGUUAUUAAAUAUUAUUAUUAAUAUUAUUGUGUAUAAAAUUUCGAAAUGUCCUAUCGUGUAAUAUUAUACCCUCCCUGUUGAUUAAUUUUCGACGUUAAUUUUAAGAGAAAUCCUGUAGAUAUCUGCUGUUCUACACCCGAGAAAUACAUGCGAAGACACGUAAAAGGAAAAAAAGGAAAAAGAAAAAAAAAGAUCAUC